CAGUAGAGCGGUAGAGGGAAGAGCGAUAGAUAGCGUAUAGAUAGAUAUAGGCACUAUUUUACACUCGAUGUCUCCAAGACCUACCGAAGGUUAACAUCAGUGAUGUACAUCGGCUGGUACAAGCGGCAGGCUCAGCCCCGAGGAGCAAAAGAGAAAAGGGGUUCAAGAUGUAGCUACAUAUCCAGCUACGUCGACAAUUAUGAAGGUUUGUCCAAGAAACUUCUGAAACUUACACAGAACAAGGACUGUGACACGAAGUUGAAGAGGUGGCUGCGCAGCAUAAAAAACCAUGUCUACUGGAGUGCGACGAGCACAACCUCUGGGCCGGAGAAGGUGGCAAGGUGGACGUCACUGGUCAACCACCUACAAAACGUUCACGUGCAUGAUGACCCCCUGUUCCCCAAGUGCACACAUCCUGUAGGAGCCGCAAGCGAUGCAAAUAAACCUUACCUAAAAGGUGGCUCAAUAACACUCGCCAGAGUUGAAACGAUACUCACCAACAAGAGAGUUCUCAAAGAUGUGCUAAAGCUAAGCCAUCACUACCAGACCUCAUCCCUGGAGUCCUUCCACAACUUAAUUCUGCGUUUUACCCCAAAAAAUGUGGUUUUCCCUUUCAUUGGAAUGUUGUGCAGGUUGUGUCUAGCAGCAAUGCAUCACAACGAGAAUGCUGGGCGUGACCAAGCGACAACUGCUGCAGGAAAACUUGUCCAAGACUAA